AUGGCGCUGGAAUUGGGCUUGGAUUGUGCACUUCAUGAGUUGGUCGGUGAGGACCCCUUGACAACCGAAAGACGGAACUUCCACAUUGGCAGCCGCAAGGCCCGUACGUGGUGCAUCUUAUAUCACAUCGAGCGUGAGCUUGCAGUUGGCACCGCAAGGAAACCACGCAUUCGCGAACUCGACAAAGCCUUAUUGAGGCCCUAUUUGGACCUUCCUGUCUCAUACCCAAGCGACAUGAGGUUUAUAUCUACGAUUGAGAUUGUUCAGCUCCGCAGUGAUAUCCAAUCUAGAGUCGAAAGUGCCACGUCGGUGUCCACCAUUUCUCAGAGUGUGCUGCAAGAGUUCGAACAGAAGGCUCAAGAAUGGUUCCAAUACUGGGACACCCGAUUCAAAGCAUACAACGUAGACGAAGACUCACUUAAUCGAAUCAGCUUACUCACUCAAAAGAACUAUUCAAGAAUCACCAUCUGCUGCACAAUUCUCGGUCGAUUACACAAGAACGCGAAUACACCAUGUCUGGCGGUUAUGGAGGAAGUUGUCCGCCGGACAGCCGAGACCAUAUCAGACCAGCUCGACGUCGUAUCUCGUUCCAAGUCCUACAGGUGGCACUUCCGCUGGGCGCCAACAUAUUCUGCCUUGAUGCUUACAUUCUCACUGGUCUUAGCCCUCCAACUCGCAAACAGGUGGCCGGGCCAUCUGGACAAGGCUCAGACGGAGAGGCAGGUCAGGUCUGUCCUUGGCUUAUUGGAGAUGCACCCUUACCAAAGCCUUGUGCUUCAGGUUCGGAGAAUGCUUGAGAGAUCGGCGGAGGAGCGGUUGCCAUGGCAGCAAAGACUUGCCACUUGGCCAGUCGAGGAGCCGAAACGCGGCGCGUCGAUGCAAAGUGGCAGACAACAUAAUCCUCCCCUUGAGAUGCAGGCACCCGUUAACUCAAGCGAAGACGGCGGUGCCAUACAGCACACUGAAUGCAUAGACUCUUCGAAUCCCGAACUCGAAAACCUGGAUUGGCUUUCCGGGGGUUCAAUUUUUGGGAACUGGACCCUGCUUGAGUUGGGGAAUUCAAUGUCAUACGAUAUGUCCAUGUUCGGGGGGAAUGGAGCAAUAUGA